AUGCCGCUCUGUCUCACCUUCAUCGACUUAAAGAAGGCCUUCGACUCAGUUGAGACGGAAGCGGUCGUGGAAGCCUUGGACAACCAAGGCGUCCCUACUCAGUACAUAAAGGUACUUCGAGAGUUGUACAGUAACUUCACGAUCGGAAUUUCGCUAUUCUACAAGAACAUCAUCAUUGACGUGAAGAGGGAAGUCCGACAGGAUGAUGCAAUUUCACCCAAAAUAUUCACAGCUACCCUCGAGAAUGCAAUGCGAAAGUUAGAAUGGGACUACAUGGGAGUGAAGGUUGAUGGUCGGCAGCUACACCAUUUGCGCCUUGCUGAUGAUAUCGUACUGAUAACACCUAGCAUCAGCCAAAUGCAUCGAAUGCUGACCGAAUUCGACGAAACAUGUGGAUGCAUCGGUCUUCAGCUGAAUCUACAAAAGACGAUGUUCAUGCGGAACGGAUGGGUCUCGGAUGCCCCAUUCACGCUCAACGGAACGAACAUAUCCGAAUGCACCAGCUACGUUUAUCUGGGUCGGGAACUGAACAUGAUGAACGACCUGACCCCCGAGCUGGGCAGGAGGAGACGAGCGGCUUGA